AUGGACGAAGCAACUAUAGAUUCGAUCUUCGCGGGAUCUUUGAAGUCCCUGCCUGCUGUCAGCUCUAAAAUCGUCAGAAUAUUCACAAGUUCCACCUUUACCGACACCGCGAUGGAGCGUAAUACCUUGAUGGCACAAUGCUACCCCAAACUGAAGGACUAUUGCAGGGAAAAACACGGAUUGGAGUUUCAGGUAGUUGACAUGAGAUGGGGCGUGAGGGACGAAGCAACUGACGAUCAUAUGACCACGGAGCUCUGUAUGAGGGAAAUAGAAAAUUGUCAGAGACUCUCUAUGGGUCCGAAUUUUGUGGUUUUUCUUGGACAAAAAUACGGUUAUCGUCCUAUCCCAACGUACGUCCUCAGUUCUGAAUUGGAAAUGUUACGAACGGAAUUGGACGGUCAGGGAAUGGACGUUAGUCUUCUGGAUAGAUGGUACAAAAAGGACAGUAACGCUGUACCACCGAUGAGUAUUCUCCAACCAAUAUCAUCCAUUUUGAAAAAUUUCAACAACAAAAGAAUACCGAAGCUCCAGCAGGAGGAUCAGGCAAUUUGGUGGGAUACAAUGAUAAAGAUGCAGAAACUGUUCAGAAAAGGGGCGCAGUCUUUGUUCAAUACGGGGAAAUUCGACAAAGAUACGAUGCAUAAUUAUUUCAUGUCUGUAACCGAGAGGGAAGUCAUUAAUGGUGUACUGAAUGUAAAGAACACGAAGAAUCAUUGUCUGGCCUAUGUAAGGUACAUAAACAAUAUCAAUCUACAGAAUUUAAGGAAAGCCAAUUUGUUCUUGGACAUAGCGAACAGAAGCUUGGACAACGAAGCUUCGAAAUUGUUGGCGAACCUGAGGGACGAAAGACUUCCGGAGAAGAUCGAGACCACGAAUCUGCAAAGAUACACUGUGGAAUGGAUUGGUCGAGAAGGUUUAGACCCAGAGACCCACAGUGAGUACCUUCAGCACUUCAUAACGCAUUUUUAUCGGAACAUAGUGAAACUGGUGGAUCGGGCAAUGAGGAAAGAGGACAGCUCCGCGCAGGGACAGAUCAUAACAGAAAUGCUACAGCAUCUGCACGCCUGUAACAAUUCUGUCAGAGUGUUUUAUGGUCGAGAAGACACCCUGGUGAGGAUCAAGGAAUACAUGUUAGAUGAUAGCGACAAGCCUCUGGUUCUGUAUGGCGAAGGAGGGUGUGGAAAGACAUCUUUAUUAGCAAAGAGCGCUGGACUGACGAGUGGAACAUGGCUAACUGGGAAAAAGCCUAUCAACAUUAUCCGAUUUCUUGGCACCACCCCUGACAGUAGUGCCCUGACACCCACACUGAUUUCCAUUUGUCAACAGAUCUCCUACAACUUCAUGUUGCCCUUCGAAGAAAUACCGGACGAUCUUGUGCCAUUAACAGCCUAUUUUAAAUACUUACUGACACUCGCCACCAAUGAACAACCGAUUCUGUUAUUUCUGGACAGCGUCGAUCAAUUAACCGGGGUGCAAGGGAACAAAUUAUCCUGGUUACCCACUAGACUACCAGUAAACUGCAAGAUGAUGCUGUCCUGCGCUGCCGAGGAAUCGAAUCCCGUGAUCUCUCGGGAUUAUCAGUUGCUACGUAGAAUGAUAGACACGGAGGAGAACUUCAUCGAAGUGGUCGCUCUAGGAGAGGAUCUGGCUAUGGAAGUUAUAAGGAUGUGGAUGAAGACAGCACACAGGGACUUGAACAAUUAUCAAUGGCGCCUGGUGGCGAACGCCAUAUCCAAAUGCUCUCUACCAAUUUUCGUGAAGUUGGUCUUCGCAGAAAUCUGCAGAUGGAGGAGUUACACGAAACCAGCCGAUACCCAUUUAACCAGCACCGUGAUGGACAGUAUUAUGAUGCUGUUUGAAAGAAUCGAAAAACAACAUGGUAAAAUUCUGGUGUUUCAUGCAUUGGCUUAUAUCACUGCUGCCAAAUCAGGUCUAUCGGAAUCGGAAUUGGAGGAUCUGAUUUCGUUGGACGACAAAGUACUGGACGACGUCUACCAGUACCAUUUACCACCCGUUAGACGAAUUCCCCCCUUACUCUGGACCAGGAUAAGAAACGAUCUGCCGAAUUAUCUAAGCGAACGUGAAGCUGACGGCGUCAGUGUGCUCAACUGGUAUCACAGACAGUUCAGAGACACAGCCAAGGAGAGAUACUUCAAAAACAUGAACAUGGCGAUGUAUUUUCACUCGAUGAUAGCCGAUUACUACCUUGGAAUCUGGGGAGGAGGACGCCCUAAACCAUUCAAGUACACCGAGAUUCAAAGACAUCGAUUCAAUUUAGCCGACAAGGAAGGCGUUGCGGACAGAAAAGUACCCGAACAACCCCUAGCGUUCUAUUCGAAGGAAGGAACGAUCACUAGAUACAAUCUAAGAAAGUUCGGCGAACUGCCGUUCCAUUUGGUCAGAUCGCGUCGAUUCAACGAUCUCUUUGAGAACGUCCUGUUCAAUUAUGAAUGGCUGCACGCGAAGCUCAGCUCGUGCCCGCUGCAAGCAGUGCUGUCGGACUUUGAGGAUGCCUGUACCUUCAUCGACAAUCAGAGUAUCGUCAGAGAGCUGAUGUUGGUCGCUGACGCGCUCAGAUUAGGGGGUGCGAUUCUGAGCUCUCAUCCAGAUAUGCUUGCACCUCAACUGAUCGGACGACUACUACCGGAAAUAGGGGGCAAUGUCAACGUGAAAAUGUUGCUUCGAGCCUGUGACAACGAUGGCGCGAAGAAUUGUGCUUUGCUCCCUGUUUAUCAUUGUCUGCACACUCCUGGAGGACCUCUAAAAUACUCGUUGGAGGGUCAUCAGUUCGCGGUGUUCGGCUUCUGUCUAACGUCCGACUACCGAUACGUGGUUUCCAUAUCAAACAGAUUCAUCACCUGGGACCUGAGCACCAGCGACAUGACCAGGGAUGUUAAUCCAGGCGUGGAGGGAAUUAUGCAGAAUUUGGUUUUGAGUCCUGAUAAUCGAUACGCGGCUGCAUUUACGACCAACAAUCAGGGCGUCGUAUUGAACACUUUGACCAGCGAGUUUGUUACCAUUGACAAUCCUCUGCCAAACGAGGAUCCAGUGUGCGGAGUACAUUUGAUGAAUCAGUUCUUCUUCGUCUACGGGAAGCUGGGAUGGUGCACAUUCGAUCUACGGGGAACCCUACUGGAGACUCACACAAAUCCCGAGGAUUCUAAUAAAUGGCCAAUUCUGAAUGUGGAACAUUCGACUUUGGGCGACUACAGAAUAGUGUUCUGGUCGGGAAACAUGGACGACACUAGCAUGCUUCUGCACACUUAUAGGAAGAAAGGAUCUUUGGAUCCUCUGAAUUUUCAUAGUGUUCUGUCGAUGACUAAUGAUAAAACGGUCCUAUUCACUUGUACGAAUAACAUUGAUAACCGAGUCACAAAAUAUACCUGCGACGAGACCUCCUCGCAAUGGGAAAAAGCUUUUGAUAUGCCUAGAGCUUACAACGAUGACGUUGAAUACUUGUUGCAGUUGAAAUUGGACAGAGAGGAGGAAAUGCUUUUAGCUAGCAGCGCGAAUGGUUUUAUCGUUUGGUUUCUGGAGAAUAAAAGUGACGCAUACGUGUUAACGUUGCCGAACGGAGUACGAAAUAUUAGCACGAGAAUGAUGUACUCGAAUUCGAUAAUGGUCAGUGGUACCAAGAAUUACGCUGUUGCUGGUGUGAGGAAAAACUUAUAUGUUUGGAGCUUAGAGACAACCGAGUUGGUGAAGAUAUUGGACGCGCACUUUGCAAGAAUAAUUCAAUUGGAAGCACUAACAGUUGGAAACUGGAACAGUGUGGUCACGUCGAGUAUUGAUAGAAGUGUUAAAGUAUGGAAUAUAAAUAACAUCUUUGAACAAGUCCAUGUCAUAGAUAGGCAUGAACUACAGGUAGACAUGAUAAGCCUAGCAGAAGAGUGUAACUUGGCAGCAAUAGUCACCAGAGACUGUGUUGGAAUCUGGGACUUGCAAACUGGAAAGUUGAUUUCAAAAUUAGCAGACAGUCCUUUGGGGGCAAUUGUUACACAUGCUUGUAUGACACACGAUGGCAAAUACAUUAUUUCAACGGAAUCGGGCAAUGUAUUAGUAUGGAACAGAAUCACAGAACAAGUGUUGUUCAAAGAAGAGCAACAGCAUGUGAAACAGUUGACGUUAAUUGAAAACUCAGCUAAAUUUAUAGCGGUUUCGAGACCUAAAAAUCCUGCUGGGGUAGAAAAUAUGAAGACCACUGCAACCCUUGUUAUGAGAACGAUACCUGAUGGAAAAACAUUAUUUUCAUUGGAAUAUUUAGUCAGAAGCCAGACAGGUGCAUCGUUCAGAAAUGUUGUAAUAACAUCUGACAAUGCUUGCCUGAUCGUUCCAGCAGCUGAUAAAGGCAGCCGAGAUUGCAUUAUGAUUUACAAUGAAAAAACGGGUGCACUGAUAAGCAAAAUUCCUAUAAAAUUGCCAGGAUUUAAAGAUAUUAUAUCCAUAAUACCCAUGCCCAAUAAACCUCAAUGGGUAGGGAUAAUUGGAGCAGACAAAGGUACUAUUUUGGAUAUAAAUAAGAAGAAAUUUAUUCGUACUAUUCCAAAGUGGAGCGGAAAUAUUAGCAAGGAUGGAAAAUAUACAUUAUAUGCACCCAGCAGAGGAGGCUUAGAACUUCUUGAGUUAAGAAGAGGUACUACUGUUAAGACUUAUAUUCCAAAAGUAGCAGAAGGAGUUUUCACUGUUAUAUCCAUGUUCAACCGAACAGACGAAUAUGUCCUUUAUUACCAUAGUGGAAGAAAAACCAUACGUGUAUUUAGAUCAUCGGAUUGUGAGAUGAUAGCAAAUUACAGAGUACAAGCAGAAUUAAGUGCAAUUGACAGCACUUAUGAUGGUAAGAGUAUAGUUCUAGGUACGGUUGAUGGUUGUGUAUCAGUGCUAGCUAUUCUGGAUCCCAAGAAAGAAGAAAUGAAAGAAUAUGUUUCAAACUUACCAUCUCGUGAUGAAGACUGGAAAAAGAAAACUGAGAAACAACGAGCAGCUAUUAAAUUCAAAGCAGCUGCUCGAAUUGCACGAGUAACUCACGACUUAAGUACGAUCGUGCGAAGCACUAACAUUGCAGAAACUAUUGAGGAAUUAGACGAGAAUGCUGAAUAA